AUGGCGAAACGAUACACUCUACUAACAAUUACCACGACCAACAACAAAAACAAGGAAUUCACUAACACAUUCUCAAUUCUAAUCGAACAUCCUGGGCCUUGGAACUCACACAUUUCAUUUUUCUUCUCAUUUCUGACUAGAAAAACAACAUCAGGGAAAAUGAUCAUCAUUAAAUUAUCCUUUAUUCUUACAUUUUUUUUCUUACACACUAAACGUAUUAAUGCAUCAACGAGUCUGGAUGUUACGGUAGACAUAAAUAAAAACGCAAAUAAUCCUCGAAAAAAACAUUACAUAGUAAAUAAAGAUGUAAUAUCAUUCGGUCCCCCCGGCUUCACUGAACACAUCUAUGAACAGGAUGAUUCCUUCAAUGUCACCAACUUCUACUUUGGAAAGAAAAAGUUGGAGGAAGGAAACAAAGAAAUUACCGAGAAAGAUGUUGAAAAGAUUGCUGUGUUCUGGAAAUAUGAAACUCCAGUACUAAUGUCCAUAAAACACUCUCACAAAGAUAAACCAGCUUACAGUUAUUAUCGGCUAACUAAAUACAAGUACUGGGUGAAGAUUCGGCUGACUGCAGAUCAAAUAAAACAUUUACCUAUAUCCGGUCAAGAAUUAGCAGAUCUUUUAUCUGAGAUAUUAGGUGAAUUGGGGGAUAUUCCAGAGGAUAAACCGCUUCCCGGUAUCGGAUUUUUUCUCACCAUUCCUGUUAUUUUUUCGUUCAUAUUGCCGAGCUCAGUAUGUAACAUAGAUUUCAAUCCAAAACCAGAGUUACCUGUAAAUUAUUAUCGGAAUAAGGCUAGUAACCAAUUUUUCAGUAGAAUAUUAGUCUUUUUAGCAGUUGAACUGUUUUAUAGAUGGAGCAAGAAGGCCCCAAAUGCUGAUUUUUAA